UCGGAACUGAACUGAACUUAUAGUAAGAUGUGAAAAGUUAGAGGCGCCCCGUACAUGACACGCCCUAUCAUGGAAUGGACGCGCUUUCUAAAAGAGAGCUUGCAUAUAAGGCAGGAUCGAGCCCACCUGGGGAUGAUUUAAACCAAGGCACAAGGCAGCUCAGUUCCCAUCACAACAACGAACAUCACAACCCAAAUCGAGUUGACCAACCCAGACAGGAUCACCAAUGCCUCUCCCCUUUUCUAUCUCCACCGUCAAAACCGACGGCGUAAACAUCUUCUACCGCCAUGCCGGCUCCCCCACCUCCCCCAUACUGCUCCUCCUCCACGGCUUCCCCUCUUCCUCCCACAUGUUCCGCAACCUUCUCCCGCUCCUCUCUCAAUCCCACUACGUCAUCGCCCCCGACCUACCCGGCUUCGGCUUCACCGAAGUCCCCAGCCCGCGCAACUAUCAAUACACAUUCGCCAACCUCGCCCGGACGAUCGAGGCCUUCGUCGAUGCCCUGAACCUGAAGCACUUCGCAAUUUACAUCUUCGACUACGGCGCGCCCGUUGGUCUGCGCCUGGCACUGAACCGCCCUAGUGCUGUUACUGCGAUCAUUACCCAGAACGGGAAUGCCUAUGUUGAGGGGUUUGGGGAGGAGGCUUGGGCGGGGAUCAUGAAGUACUGGAAGAGUGGAAGCCAAGAAGACCGCAAUGCAAUUCGGGUUAUGGUGACCCCUGAUCUAACUAAGGCGCAGUACUUGCGCGGCUCGCUGCGUCUGGGGGAGAUCCAGCCCGAGGCGUACACGUUGGAUCAGGCGCUAAUGGAGAGGCCGGGGAAUGCGGAAAUCCAGUUGGAUCUGUUCUAUGACUAUCGCACGAAUGUGGACUUGUACCCUAAGUUCCAGGAGUACUUCCGCAAUUCGGGGGUUCCUGUGUUGGCGGUUUGGGGGAAGAAUGAUUGGAUCUUCGUCCCUCCGGGGGCGGAGGCGUUUGCGAGGGAUGUGGAUACUCUGGAGUUGCAUUUCUUGGAUGCUGGACACUUUGCACUGGAGACGAACGAGGAGGAGAUGGCGGGAUACAUCAAAGGUUUCUUGGAGAAAAUUUAUGCGGUCUGAUUAAAGCUAUCUACAAAGGAAUACGGGUCUGUGUUGAGAAUGCUAGGGGGGUCAACUCAACUGUUAACCUAAAGACGUGAG